CUACCACUUUAUAUUACUAAUAUGACAGAUUCAACUACCACCAUUCCUACUACUAUGAAUGCUCUUGUCUUGGAAAAGUUUGGUCCUCCAGAAGAACUUAAAUACAAGUCAGUACCUGUACCCAGUUUAAAGAAAGACACAGAUCUACUUGUACGUGUCGUAUGUGCAGGUGUGAAUCCUAUCGAUGCCAAGUUACGUCAAGGCAAUCUAUUUUCUUUUCUUGUCAAGAAAAAUGCUAUUCUAGGUGCGGAUUAUUCUGGUGUAGUCGUCAAGAAAGGAGCCAAGGUGACCAAGUUUGAGGUAGGCGAUCGCGUGUUUGGUAAAUUGGCUUUACCUUCUGGACCUCAAGGUGCUUAUAGUGAAUACAUUGUGGUGACCGCGAAUGAUACGGCCAUUGCCAAAAAACCAGAAAAUCUAUCCUUCGUCGAUGCUGCUGCUGUAGGUAUUGCUGCACUUACUGCUUUGGAUGGUGUGGUCAACAAGAGACCUUUGCCUUUGGAACAUAAUAUGGAUCCUCCUCCCAAGGUAUUAGUCAUUGGUGCUUCUGGUGGUGUGGGCAUGUAUGGUGUUCAAAUAGCCAAGGCGAUUGGUGCACACGUGGUUGGGAUCUGUAGUGGCAAGAAUAUAGAAUUAGUGAAAGGAUUUGGUGCUGAUCGAGUAGUGGAUUACAAUGAUCAAGCUGCUAUGGAUGCAUUGGUACAAGAAAAAAACACGUUUGAUGUCGUAUUUGAUUUGGUGGGUGGGGAUGAUUACUACAAGAAAAUGCUCCCUUUGGUCAAGGAAAAGACAGGUAUGUUUUCCACAGCUGUUGGACCUACUGAACAUUCUGGUUCCACCAAAGUUAGUCUAUUGGGUUAUGCCUCUAUGGGCAGCAAGAUUCUUUAUCGUGGUUUAUUUGGCUCUCGGCGGUACAGUAUGAUCUUAGAUCUUCCUCAUGAUCAAUUCGCUUCCGUACUUACUCCUUUAUUGGAAAAGAAACUCAUUAAACCUUAUGUUCCUGAAGAAAAUAUCUUUGAUUUGAAGGAUGCAAGCAAGGCUCAUGAAAAAAUCGAAUCUCAUCGUGUGGUUGGCAAGAUUGUUCUUCGUGUUAGUCCUGAUGUUUAAUCUUAUAUAUAUAUUUUCAUCAUUAGUAUAAUAUUUAGUAUAGUAUUCAAUAGCGUAAUAAUAUUAAUAAUAAAUCAUCAUAUCGUUUUAGUUUUUUAUUCCAAAAAAAAA